AUGACUGUCGACGACUCUCUCAAUCAGGUGCAUGCAGAGACCAAGGUCGAGACGGACAGCGCCACUGAUAUUCAGGAAGCUAGCAUCAAGGAGGAGGACGGCACGCUGAGGAUGUACUGGAUUGACGCAUGUGAAGUUCGUGGUAUUAUCUAUCUGUUUGGAAAGGUUUUACAAAGAGCAUCAAACACCCACAUCAGCUGUUGUGUUGCGGUACACAAUAUGGAGCGCAAUAUUUUUCUCCUGCCCCGUGCUAAACGGGUCGACAAGCAAGGCAAUGAGACCGAAAUUGAUGUCGGUAUGGAGGACGUCUACACGGAAUUUGGGGAGAUCCUACAAUCGUACAAGGUCACGACAUGGGCCGCAAAACAAGUGGAGAGGAAAUACGCCUUUGAUUUACCAGGGAUUCCGUCCUCUGCUGAGUAUCUCAAGGUCGUUUAUAAUUAUUCCUUGCCAAGUCUGCCAACGGAUCUCAAAGGCGAGACUUUCAGCCAUGUUUUUGGUGCGAAUACAAGCGCUCUGGAGCACUUUAUAAUCAAGCGCAACUUGAUGGGUCCAUCGUGGCUGGAAAUCAAACAGGCAAAGAUGAACAAUACCAAGGUUUCAUGGUGUAAGAGCGAGUUUACAGUAGGCAAUCCAAAGGACAUUAAACCACUGAAUGACUCGUCCGAUCUCCCGCCACCACCCUUGUGUGUCAUGUCGCUCAGUUUGAGAACGGUUCUCAACCCCAAGGACAAGUCGAACGAGGUCGUUGCUGCGAGCACCUCUGUCUACCAUGAAGUUCGCUUGGAUGAGCCCGUGGAGAACAAUAGGAGGAUUGUGUCGAAACAGACAUAUAUUCGCAAGCUGGAAACUUCCCCAUUCCCGCCGAUGUUUGACGAUGUUAUCAAGAAGAGCAAGGUCAAGAUUGUGAAGCAGGCGUCUGAACGAUCGCUGCUGAACCUGUUGCUCGCUCGCAUCCGCAGCUCUGAUCCCGAUGUUAUUGUCGGGCACAACUUUGUGGGGUUCGAUCUCGAUGUGCUGCUCCACCGCAUGAAGCAUACGAAAGCUGACCAUUGGUCCAGUAUUGGAAGACUUCGCCGUACAAUUUGGCCCAAGCUUCAAGCAGGCGCAGGAGGAAUGGGAGAUACGACAGCGCAGGAGAAGAACAUCAUGUCGGGACGACUUAUGUGCGACACCUACAUUGGAGCGAAGGAACAUGUUCGUGCGAAGAGUUACAGCUUGACGAAUCUAGUGUCGAUUCAACUAAAAAUCAACCGCGAGGAUGUCAACUACGAGAAAAUCCCGUCGCAGUUUAGUCGUGCGGAGGAGCUCGAGAAGAUGUUACGCCAUAUUGAUUUCGACACAUACCUUUGCGCAGAACUCAUGUUUUCACUGCAGCUACUGCCCCUUUCAAAACAACUGACGUCGCUUUCGGGAAACCUAUGGUCGAUGACGCUGACUGCUGGCCGUGCUGUGCGAAAUGAGUAUCUUCUGUUACACGAGUUCCAUCGAAACAAGUACAUCUGUCCAGACAAGUCCUUUUACAAAGACAAGGAGGCACCACCAAUGGUCAAUGGAAUGGAUGUGGACGAUCAGGAUGAUGCGACUGCACCGAAGAAGGGAACGAGACGCAAACCCCAGUACUCGGGAGGUUUGGUCCUGGAACCCAAGAAGGGGUUCUACGACCAUUUUGUGUUGCUGUUGGAUUUCAACAGUUUGUAUCCCUCGAUUAUCCAGGAGUACAACAUCUGCUUUACGACGGUCAAGCAUGACAAGGAAAAGGAUGAUGAUGCGCUUCCGGAUUAUCCAGAGGAGGGUCUGCCACAGGGAAUUCUACCAAAGCUUCUUGCGAAUCUGGUCGAGCGCAGAAGAGAAGUCAAGAAGCUGAUGAAGACCGCUACAGGUGUUAAAUACGAAGAGGUACGUUACGACAUUCGUCAGAAGGGUCUCAAGCUGACAGCUAAUUCGAUGUACGGUUGUCUUGGAGCUGCUUAUUCGAGAUUUUACGCGAAGCCGCUUGCCAUGUUGAUUACAUCAAGAGGACGAGAGAUUCUGCAAAAUACAGUCGACCUUGCCACGGAAAGCGGACUCGAUGUCAUUUAUGGAGACACGGAUUCAAUCAUGAUUAAUACGAACACAAGGAAGGUCGAGGAGGUCAAACCGAUCGCUGAGGGUUUGAAAAAGAUUGUCAAUACUCGGUAUAAACUGCUGGAGAUCGAAAUGGAUGGGAUGUACCAGCGGAUGCUACUUUUGAAGAAGAAGAAGUAUGCAGCCCUGAUGGUCGUUGAGAAGAAUGGCAAGUACGAGACCAUUCAGGAGAGAAAGGGUUUGGAUAUGGUUCGUCGAGACUGGUGUGCACUGAGUCGGGAUGUCUCUGAGUACGUUUUGACAGAGAUCCUCUCGAGCAACGAUCAGGACCAAGAACAAGUUAUUGAGAAUAUUCAUAGCUACCUUCGCAAAGUCGGCGAGGAGACUCGGAAGGGUCUUAUUCCUAUGGAUAUGUUCAUUGUCAACAAGGGUCUAACUAAAGCACCCGAAGACUAUGCUGACGCCAAGUCGCAGCCGCAUGUCCAGGUCGCACUCAGACUUAAACGCAAGGGCGUUAGUAUCAGAGCAGGCGAUACCGUUCCAUACGUUAUCUGCAUAGACGAGAACUCGCCAACGCACAAAGGAAGCUAUGCAGAACGGGCUUAUCAUCCGGAAGAAGUGUUGGAACCAGGAUCAGGCCUUACUAUUGAUUACGAGUAUUACUUGAACCAGCAGAUCCAUCCACCCCUGGAACGUCUGUGUGACCCUAUCGAGGGCACGGAUGCAACGCGAUUGGCGGAAUGCCUUGGCUUGGAUACGUCAAAGUUCAGAUCGGCAGUUCGGGCAACUGCACAGGAGGAGGAGUUGCAGACGCUGGCGUCUCAAUUAUCUGAUGCGGAGCGUUUCAAGGAUGCUGCACCCCUGGAACUGCGGUGUCGAGCUUGCCAAGCAACAUAUGCCUGCUCCGCACUCUUGAUGGAGACAAACUCGACAGGCUACUUUGGCCUUCAAUGUCCCAACUGUAAGUCGAUCGCUCAACCAGCAUCCGCAAGCGUGCAGCUAACAGGGGCGAUCCGGAAGUAUAUUCAGAGAUACUAUCAAGGAUGGGUGGUUUGCGACGAUCAGGGCUGCCGCAACCGGACGAGGAUGGUCAGUGUUGUGGGUCGCCGGUGCCUUGUCGAGGGAUGCCGAGGCAGCAUGCGCAGCGAAUAUUCCGACGGAGCCCUUUAUACCCAGCUGUCGUUCUUUAGUCAUAUUUUUGACGUCAACAAGGCACUGGAGAAGAUUGAUUUUGACAAGAAUGGCGCAGUGCGUGUUCAAAUUGAGCAGAACAGGGAGCUGAUCCGGCAGAUGAAGGCAUGUGCGGACAAGUAUAUCGACAAGAAUGCGCGUCGUUAUGUGGACCUUUCACAGCUGUUCAGCUUUGUCCAGAUUGCAACACGUUGA